UAAACUUGUCCUUUUAAACGGCCUAUAAAGAUAGCCUUGUUUCUGUUAAAUUAGACUACUAUCUAACGCUACCCGUAUCGAAUAUACGGAACAAUAAUAAACAAUUCCAAGACUUAACGAUGCUACAUAAAAGAUAUCUGACUACUCUAAAAUGAAUACAAUACAUAAGAAUGGAUGUCAAAAUGGGGACUGCAGUGAUAGUAACCACAAUCACAGAGAAGCUACAGAAGAAACGUACUUAAAUAUUGUAAAUCCAAAUAAAGAACACAAGCUGUAUCCAACAAAUACAUUUGUUCCACAUAACCAUGGUGGUCAUAAUAUCUCAUCUUUGUAUCAAGUUCCAGAUUAUGAUAAAUUUGACAUCAAGAAGGCUUCACAAUUUGGUAACUUCAGCCGCGUUAGAGAGUUAGUAGAAAUUGAAGGAGUAGAUAUUAACCAACCAGAUUCAGAAAAUGUUUAUAUGCUUCAUUGGGCUGCUAUAAACAACCGAUUAGAAAUAGUUCAAUAUUACUUGUCUAAAGGAGCACAAAUUGAUAAGCUUGGUGGCAAUUUAAAUGCAACAGCACUUCACUGGGCAAUCCGGCAAGGCUUACUUGAUAUGACAAUUCUAUUGAUAAAUAAUGGAGCAGAUCCAUUGAUAGAAGAUUCUGAAGGUUGUAGCUGUUUACAUGUCGCAGCACAACUUGCACAUUCGUCUAUUGUUGCAUAUCUCAUUGCAAAGGGUGUUGAUGUUGAUUUACUUGACAAAAAUGGAAUGACCCCACUAAUGUGGUCUGCAUACCGCAGUUUCAGUGUAGAUCCAACUCGGCUAAUUUUGAAUUUUGGUGCUUCUGUUAACUUUGCAGAUUCUAAACAUAAUAAUACAGCUUUGCAUUGGGCUAUAUUAUCAAGCAAUACAAAUGUUAUUGUUCCUUUGCUACAAGCAGGUGCAAAUAUUGAUUGCAAAAAUUUGCAAGGUCAAACACCAUUAACAUUGGCAAUGGAGCGUGGAAAUACAUGGAUAAAUUACAAGUUAAAGGAUGAACAGCAUCAUCGUGGUGUUGGGAAGUCUAGUUUUGUUAGAAAUAUCAUUACUAAUCCAGAUUCAAAAAAUAAAGCAAUGUUUCUUUUGUCUUCACUCCCAUUGUUUAUUAUUGGUCUUAUACUUGAAUAUUCUCCUUAUUGGGUCUACACAAUUUUCGCGAUUACUGCUCUCACUGGUUUAAUUAAUAUAUCUUUAAGGACUCUUCAUGAUCACAAAAGGAAUCCUUUGGCAGUGGGAUUAUACUUUGGAACAAAGCUGUAUAUGUUUACCACCCUAUUUAUAUUUUUCUGGCCUUUGGUCAACAUUAUUAAUGUCCACAUUGCAUUUUGGUUAAAUUCAUUAGGCUUGACUUACUGUUUUUAUAAAUGUUGGUUGUUUGAUCCUGGUUACAUUAAGACAUCACCAUCACAACAAAAAAAGGAGAUUGUUGAACUAGCUGAAUCAAAUAUGUUGAAUGAUUUCUCUAAGUUUUGCACUACUUGUCUUGUUCGUCGUCCAAUUAGAUCAAAGCACUGUCCUCUAUGUGAUCGAUGUGUUGCCCGGAUGGACCAUCAUUGUCCAUGGAUUAAUAAUUGUGUUGGAUUGAAAAACCAUGCAUACUUUGUAGGGUUUCUUUUUUUUCUAUUUUUCAUGAACAUUUGGUAUAUUUGGGCUACAACAAAAUAUUACAAUAACUAUUGUGGAAAUUUUGGAGAAGGUAUUUUGAUAGAUUCGUUAAGAGCUGCUAUGUGUGCUCCUUGGGUAACAUGGGGUUUUAUAAUGGCUGCGUUUCAUAGUUGUUGGGUGUUGUCUCUGCUAUCAUGCAAUCUUUAUCAAGUACUAUGGUUAGGGAUGACUACUAAUGAACGUAUGAAUGUAGCAAGAUAUAGUCACUUUCAUGACCCAAAUACUGGCUCUAUAAAUACUCCAUUCAGCUACAGCGUAUUGCAAAAUGCAGCAGAUUUCUUCAACAUAUCAAUAUGCGGUAUAAUAAAGCCUAUCAAAAUUGACUGGAUGAAUGAAUACGAACUAAGAGAUUUUAAAGGACCUCAAGACAAUUGGAGACGGUACCAAAACGUUUGAAAUGUUGUGUUAAGUUUUUUUAUUAAAUCCGCUAAAAGUAACUUGCAGUAAACCUUGCGAUUGUUCUACUUCAUUUAAAAUUCAAAAUCAUAAUGAGUUAUAUAUUUAGGGAUGAUUGUAAUUUAAUAGAGAAAAUAAGUUUUUUAACUUUUAUAAUAAAAAUAGCUGAAAUUUUAGCAA